AUGGAAAACGUCCUCCGAACUCGUUUAAAGCUAAUGUAUGAAUCUGUUAAGUCAUAUAUCGAGCUAGCCCAGUGUCAACUUAAAAAUUUAACAGAUGAUAAAACUGAUGAUUUUGAGUUAGAACUAAUAGAAUCAAAGUUACAAACGUCAAUAAAGAGAUUUGUAACAGAAAUCGAGAACUACUGCAAAUCAAUAGCCGAACCAAAUGAUGACGAAAUUGACCAAUAUACCACAGCUCAAAUUCAAGCUGAAGAUUUAAUCUCAGAAAUACAUGUUAAAAUAAAACAGCGUCAACAUAGCUGUGUAGGCGAUAAUAAGUCCAAUUGUGAAAAUAGUUUAAAUGUUACAAGAAAAUUACCCAGAAUGGAACUCAGCAAAUUUGAUGGCGAGGUUCUUAAGUGGUACCAAUUCUGGGACCAGUUUACGUCAAACGUACAUAAUAGAGACAUCGACGAUGUUGAUAAAUUGUUAUAUCUUAAAUCGGUUCUUGAAGGUGACGCUAAGCAAGCUAUCGAAGGAUUAGACACUACGAAUAAAAAUUACCAAAUUGCCGUCGAUACUCUCAAGGAAAGAUAUGGUAAACCCACCGUAAUAAUCGAUGCGCAUUACGUAGCAUUAUAUAGAAUUAAGUCGGUAGUAGGUAAUCAAGUAAAAGAUUGCAGAGGUGUUCUUAAUGAAAUCGAAAGACACCUUCGAGUAUUAAAAUCAUUAGGAGAAGAUGUGAAUCACAACCAUUUGAGGGUGAUGAUAAUGGAAAAGUUUCCUGAAGACUUGAUCUACGAAGUUAGAAUGAAAGUUGCCGAUGAAGACGAUUCUAUAGAUAGUAUUCGAAAACAUCUAGCGUACAUUAUCUCUGCUAGAGAAACAUCUAAUAGGUUGAAAAAACAGACUGACGGACAAACAAAUUCAGAUAUGUUCGUAAAAGAUCAAACGAGUCCUCAGACAGAAAUAAUGAGCCCCUGA